AUGCACAGAUUAGAGAUGCAAAUUUUCCGGAAACUUUCAAAUGGCCACAGCGUGGCUUUUGCUGCUGUGGCUGUGGUCGGCGUCGCAGCACUGGGAGUGGCGGUGACACGCAGACUGCUCAAGCACAAGAUCCCCGCGGACUCCGAGUGGCGGCGCGUCGGCACGCUCAGCGAGCUCUACCUGUUCCCCCUCAAGUCCGGCAAGCCGGUCGCCGCCGACAAGCUGACGGCCAGGGAGGCCGGGCCCACCCUGGGGCUGCUGCGGGACAGGUCGUUUGUGGCGGUAGACCGCAACGGCCGCUUCGUCACAGGCCGCAGCCACACCGGCCUGAUGACGGUCUCGGUGGUGGCCGUGGCCAAGGCCGUGGCUGGCCAGGACGGCGACCAGAACCAGGACGUCGUGGAGAUGCGCAGCCCACUGGCGGACCAGCCUCUUAUCCUCGACACUGCCCAGCUCAAGACGCAGACGUGCAGGAAAAUAACGGUUUGGGGCAGCGCCGUGUCCGCGGUGGACUGCGGCGACGAGGCAGCGGCCUUCAUCCGCCAGGUGGCCGUGGACCCCGACCGUUUCCGGUAA